AAAGUGCCCUCCCAGCGGCAGAACGUAACGUCACCACCUCCGAGCAGGAUCGCCCAGCGCAUUGACAGCUUUCGUCGGAGUUAAUUCCAGCGUUUAAUUUCGUGUAAUACAACAACACUUCAAUCGGACGUCAGUUUUUGUGUGUGCUUUAACGAAACCAGAAUGAAAGUGAUAAUUUGCGCCUGUGUCGUGCUGUUGCUGGCGUUCGGCGGCGUGGAAUGUGCUCCACAGGGACCGGCUACCGAACCGAUUCCCAUCAUACGCCAAGAGCAGGAGGUGAACCCAGACGGAAGCUACAGUUGGAGUUACGAGACGGGCAAUGGUAUUGUGGCAGAGGAGCAGGGUUUUCUGAAAAAUCCUGGCACUGAGCAGGAAGCACAGGUGGCUCAAGGAGAGUAUUCGUACACCGCACCGGACGGACAGCUCAUUCGGGUGCAGUACAUUGCGGACGAGAACGGUUUCCAGCCGCUCGGUGAUCACCUGCCUACGCCACCACCGAUCCCGCCAGCAAUCCAGCGUGCGCUCGAGUACUUGGCCAGUCUGCCACCGAGUGAUGAUGCUUCGCGGAGGUACUGAAAGAGAGGAAAGCGAACACAUUUAGCACGUAAAAAACUCCAUCGUCAGUCGCUCAUUUAGGUUUAGAAAACAGUGAAAACAAAAUACAUUACUCGCUCAUACCACACGUCGCGGGACAAUCCUAUACCCAACAAGUUAUGUGAAUAAAUCAUAACACCUUUUCUGUAUC